AUGCUCAAUGCUCCAGCCGAUCUUCGAUGGGUGAAGAAUGGAAUCACCAUUACUGGAGGCUAUGGACAAGGGGAUGCUAGCAAUCAACUUUACUUUCCUGAAGGUAUCUCUGUUGAUGACGAUCAAACAAUAAUCAUAGCUGACACGUCGAAUCAUCGCAUCAUCCAAUGGAAGCUAGGUGAUACAAACAGAAAAAUCGUGGCAGGUGGUCAUGGCGACGGAAAUCUAUCGUUUCAAUUGAAUCAACCAACUGAUGUGUUGAUCGACAAAAAAACAGAUAGUCUAAUUAUCUGUGAUCGGGGAAACCGACGAGUUAUACGAUGGUCUCUUUAUGGAGACAUCAAUCAAGGAGAAAUCCUCCUCAACAACAUUGGCUGUUAUGGAUUAGCCAUGGAUAACAAGACAUAUCUUUACAUCUCGGACACCGACAAAAAUGAAGUAAGACGAUAUAAAAUAGGACGCAAGAACAGUGCUCUUGUGGCUGGUGGUCACGGUAUAGGUAACGGUCUCAAUCAACUCAACUAUCCGACUUUUGUUUUUGUCGACAACCAACAGGCUGUCUAUGUAUCGGACACCAGGAAUCAUCGUGUGAUGAAAUGGGAUAAAGAUGCAAAAAAAGGAAUAGUCGUGGCUGGUGGUCAAGAGGAAGGAAAGGAUUUGACAGAAGUUUUUUAUCCUGAAGGACUGUUUGUAGAUACUGAUGAUAUCCUCUAUGUGGUGGACUCGAACAAUGAUCGAGUGAUGCGUUGGCAUCAAGGAGCAAAACAUGGCACUGUCAUUGUGGGUGGAAAUGGUCGAGGACAAGAAGCAAAUCAGUUGAACAUUCCCAUGGGUUUAUCCUUCGAUCGACAUGGUGAUCUUUAUGUUGCCGAUUGGGGAAAUCAUCGAGUUCAACGCUUCUAUGGAACAGACUCACUGAUUUCAACACUUUUAUAA